AUGAGCUCGUCGAAAGCAUCCAAGAAAAAUGAAUCAACGGGAAAGAGUAUCGUGGAUGAUGCAAAGGAGUUCUUGACGAACGAGGAAAACAAACCAUUUGUGCAAUACGGUAUUCUUGCCAUUUGUGGAGCUAUCGUCAUCAGAUCACUCAUUGCUGUGUUGUCAUCAUUUGCUAUUCUUGUGAUCCCAUUGCUAUAUUUCUACCUUGUGUCAUGUUGCCCUAAACCCGCUUCCUUUGACGGCCGCUCGGAAUUGAAGCGAGUCCUGAGAGGAAAGCACCUUCCGGAAAACCAUCCCGAAAAGCCAAAGUCAUCCCUCGAAAAACUUGCUGCCAAGGUGACAGCUUCUGUCACGGCAGAGAUAGCCACUUUGCCAGGGUACACUACCGAGAUGACUCCAUUUUUCAAACCAAGCCCCGCCGCCAUCUUGACGUGCAUGAAUGUGCCAACUCUCAAUAUGCAGUACUAUUGGGUUGGUGCGAAUGGAAAGUGGUAUUAUGUGUUUGCCAAGGAAAUAAAACCAAAUGCUUAG